ACUUUGUCAUUCUUCGCUGUCACAUCAUCAUUAUAAAAGUCGUCGUCGUCGUUGUUUGAUUUUGUGAUGGAUAUCGCAAUUUUGCAUUUUGCACGCGUUGUAGCCACCAAAAUUCUUGAAUGUGAACAAAUUUCUUAACAGUGAAACCAUGUAGUGAAUGGGAGAAAACACACAAUUCCAAUUUUUUUAGUUUUAUUUAAUCGCACAUGAAAACGUCGGCAAGAUCAGUAAAAUGGAAAACAAGAGUGAUGGGAAAUCAUCAAGUAAAGGCCUGCCAACGAACAUAGGAACACUUCCCGCGAGAUUGCAGAAUAGAAUCAUAAGCGGAGCCGAUCAUGAAAGCAAGCACGCUGUGGGAAAAGAGGUUGCCAAAUCGGCGCAUUCCCCAAAAGCAAGUGCUGCAUCACCAGCCGGUGUGCUUUCAGUUAACAACUUAAAUGUACACCACAAACAGUCCAUAGUUAAAAAACCCGAACCAACAUGUUCAAAUAACAAAAUCCAGCAUCAGUUUGAACAGAUUAAAUGCGCAAAAUGGUUGGACUUGCAGAAUGUCAACAGCAAAAAUAGCAAUUUAAUCAGCUGCAUUGAGGCGAUUCGAACAGUCGAGAGGGAGUUAUGCCCUCUGAUGGAAGAUCGAAUAUUUUUAGAGAAGUGGGACAGUUACUAUCGUCAUCGAAUAGCGCUUCAAAAAAUAUUCCGCAAGAUGCUUGCCGAGGAGUUGAAGUUCUGUUGCAAGGAGAAUGUCGAACAAUACUUCUGGAAAGCGCUUUACUACAACUCGAUAGAAUCCAUGAAGAAAGCGGGCCUGUUCAAAUUGUCAAAUGGGAACAAGGCACUAGAGCUAAUCAACGAAGGCUUGGUGUUCUAUGAAGAGUUGUUGGAUUUUUUACAAUCAGAACAUCAAUUGAAAAUCGAUGAUGCCACAGAUGGAAAAUAUAUCAGAAAUGGUAUAACGGGCAAGCCAGGAACAGUUCAUAAAAAUGAGAUCUUAGCAAAAGUUUCAGCACAAAAAAUCCUUAUUAACCUCGGUGACCUGUCGCGCUACAAGGAGCAGAUUGAGAUGACGGGCAGUUUUAGACAAGCACGAGAAUAUUAUGAACAAGCACAACAAUUGUUACCCACCAACGGCAAACCCUACAACCAAUUAGCAAUCCUUUCAAUAUAUUUGAAAAAAAAAUUUGACGCUAUAUACUAUCAUAUGCGGAGCUUACUGGCAUCAAAUCCAAUACAUUCAGCGAAAGAAAGUUUGAAAGUAUUAUUUGAUGAAAUUCGGAAGAAGCAAGAAACCUUAAUGCCGAAAGAAGUUGAGUGUAAGGGCAAUAAUGAAAAUGUAAUGCCGAUGCGUCGAGAAAUUUGGAUUCAUCCGGAUGGGAGUCGUCGAUUGCAUCGGUUGCCAAAAUUGUCCAACCAAGGCAAAAAAUACUCAACGGGAAAUGAUGAGAGCGUGGAGAGUUUAGACUUAAAUCAGUUGAAUAAACGCUUCCUACUUAGCUUCUUAAAUAUACAAGGAAAAUUAUUUACCGGAAUCGGAAUGGAUUCAUUUGAUAGCGUAGCCCAUCAAAUGUUCAAUGACUUUAAAGUUUUAUUGUCCCACAGUCCAUUGAUAUUUACAUACCAAAGAUUGCUCCAAAUCGUUUCUUUGAAUAUAUUUUCAGUCUUCUAUAACAACAGGGAAGAAAUCAAACAACAGAAGAGAGAAAUACGAAUACAAGCAUUUACUGUGGGAUCGAUUAUGUUUGCAAUGAUUUUGGAUAGAAUUAAUGACAUUUUAAACGAACAUUUUUUCAUUGACUGCAAGGAAACGAAUAAAGUGCUUAAAUUGGAUGCAAAACCUGUAGAUAACGAGAUUGAAUCCAUACCCUGUUCUCCCAAGCAUAAUGGCUUGAAAUUAGAUUUACCAGAAGAUGCAUUUACACUAGUCUGUGCUGUGAAGGUUUGGUGCAAUUGGUUAUUGAAUUAUGAUGACCUACGUAAUCCAUCCAUGCCGUAUAUUAAUAGUGAAAAAUUGAGACAAAUGAAUAUCGAACCAUGGAAAUCAUUUGCGAAAUUUUUAAAUAUGACGAACGGUAAAGAUAAAUGUGAUGAAAUUCUUAGUCAAAACAACUCUUUGGAUCACAAACCUAUUCUUUUGGACGAAGAUACAUAUCUGAAAGGUUUUGCUCCUUUAAAAUUCAGUGAUGAAACUUUAACGUAUUGCCAUAAAAUUAGUGAUUCUAAAAAUGUAAAAAAUACGCUUCGUUUGGUGAAAAUUUUCCAGUAUGCCAAUAGUUUAUGUGAUUUCGAUAACCAGAUAAUUAAAAAGAUACUGAUUGAAUCGGAUACAAUUGCAUUUGUGGGAAGCUCGCUUUGUAGUGCGGAACAAAAUCUCGUUGAAGACAACACAAUGGAUAAUCAGGAGGAUUUCGAAGAAUUGUUGAGUUUCCCAGAAGAGUUGAAUAAGGAGUUCAUUGAAAAAACAUCACUCAAUGACCAGAACGGUGAAUUAAGUGUAUGCAGUCCUGAUAAUCCUGAAAUAUGUGAUCUGAUUAGGCGAAAGAAUGAAUUGGAGAAGAAACAAAAAAUGCAAGAAUCAUAUCAUCAAACCUUACAGGGUCUUCUUCGGCAAAGCGGAAUAUCUUUACACAUUGAGGUUCGACCGAAAUAUCUUGUUCCCGACACUAAUUGCUUUAUCGACUUCCUUGAUCAACUGAAAAUAAUAGCUAGUAAAUCGGAACGAUUUUAUUUAUUUGUUCCUAUUACGGUGGUUAAUGAACUCGAAGGCUUGUCGAAAGGCCUUAGGGAACCUUCAAACAUGCUCGCAACUGUAGAAAGUGAUAACAAUUUAAGCUUGGUAACAAAGCGGUCAAAAGCAGCUCUAGAGUUUAUACGAUCGAAAAAUAAUGGGAUUAAGUGUGUUACAACCAAGGGAUCAAUUUUAAAUUCAUCAGUUUUUACAUUGGAGGAGAGUGAAAAUCAAAUUUCAAAUGAUGACAAGAUUUUACAGACUGCAUUAAAUCUAUGUAAAAAUAAUGUGGAUAGAUAUGAAGACGGGAUACAUUACAUUGAAACAGAAGUUGUUUUGCUAACUAAAGAUCGGAACCUUCGUGUCAAGGCUUUAGCAAGAAAUUUAUCAGUUAGUCAGUUAUCUGGAUUUUUAAAAUGGGCCGGAUAUGCCACGUAAUUUUAUUUAGUUUUAAACAUUUUUUUAGUUGACAGAAAAGGAAAGAAAACAAAAAACAUUUUGACUAUGAUUUUAGUAGAACUAUCCUCUUUUUUCUUUGUUCUCUUGUUAUUCUAUUAUGUAAGCCUUAAGAUGAUGAUGUAAAGUUAACAAAUUUUGAGUUGUUGAGAGUGGAUUUAAUAAAAGCAAAAAUUUAUUUUUGACAUAA